GCACAGCUAGCUAGCCGCAUAUGCAGAUAUAGACCACCCACUACCCUUUCUUGAGCUGGCCUGGCUGAGGCUGAACCGGGAGGCUGAAUCUUGAUCUUGGUGUUUAAACUUUAAUGGUGGAUCUGGUUUUGUUACUCUUGAUGCAAGCCUGAAGGAAAAGACAGCUCAAUCGUGACUACUGGAAUCAGAUUAGUGAUAUACAGGAGAACAUUUGUCUGGCAGAGACGUAAACCAGCAUCAAAUUCGGCCCUCAGAUGUUGCGUCAAUGUUGUGUUCGUGCUGUUGGGGUAGCGGUGCUGAGGACCCCAGCAAGUCGGUUUGUUCACAUCACAUCCACCCAGCAAAAUCUGACCAGGGUCAUCGUCAAACAGCCCUUCUAUUUAUCAGUCGCCUUUCUCCUGAAAAAGGCCCUCUCCAGAGUCAAGAUGGCAACACCUCCAUACAACCACGUAACGCAGGUUGGUGACCCUGUUCUCCGUGGGAAAAGUGCUCCUGUAGACCCUAAUGACAUCAGGACUAAAGAGUUCCAAGCUCUCAUUCAGAAGAUGGUGGAAGUGAUGAGGAAGACGGGUGGGGUAGGAUUAGCUGCUCCUCAGAUUGGCUUGGCCCAGCAGGUGUUCGUCAUGGAGUUCACUGAGAAACAUUUCAAGGGAUUUCCUUUAGAGGUCCAGAAAGCCAGAGAGAUGGAAGUUGUUCCCCUCAGGGUGUUUGUGAACCCGUCCUUAAAGAUUUUAUCAGAUCAACAGAUCAUUCUGCCAGAAGGAUGCCUCAGUCUUACAGGAUUCACUGCUGCCACACCAAGGGCACGUGAAGUUGAAAUUGAAGGUCUAAAUGAGAAAGCAGAGCCAGUGACUUGGCGUGUCCGUGGGUACCCAGCAAGGAUCAUACAGCAUGAAUAUGAUCAUCUCCAGGGAACUUUAUACAUUGAUCGCAUGGACACCCGGACAUUUGCUGAUCUACAAUGGCCUAAAUGGAAUGAGAAGUGAAUUCAGGGCCCUGUUGUACAAAGAGUUAUGGUUGAUCCGAUCAAUCGUAACUCAAUGGAAAUCCAUUAGUGUCAUAAU